UUUGCAGAAUUGACGAAAUGUGAUAAACGUAUUUCGUUUUAAAUGCGCACUUUGUCAAACACCUCAACUUCCUGUGCGUUGGAUGGACGAGACGCAUGCUGAAGAAAUACUAACAUCGGGGUUUUAGUGCAGCAAAUAUGCCCAAGUAUUAUUGUGACUACUGUGACACCUACCUGACCCAUGACUCGCCCUCUGUGAGGAAGACCCAUUGCAAUGGUCGAAAACACAAGGAAAAUGUGAGGUUAUUUUAUCAGAAGUGGCUGGAAGAGCAGGUGCAGAAGCUGGUGGAUGACACAACUGCGGCAUACAAGGCAGGGAAGAUCUCCAACAACCCCUUCGGCAGUGGGGGUGGCCCAGGAGGGCAGGGCGCCAUGGUUCCCCCACCGGCCAACCUUGGAGGUAAGGGAGGCCCCCCUGGUCCCGGUGGGCCGAUGGGAGGAGUACCCCCAGGCAUGCCGCUGAUGGGACACCCCCAUGGGGGACCAAUGCCACCUAUGAUGCCAGGAAUGCGACCUCCAAUGGGACCUCCGAUGGGCCCCCCAAUGCACCCGAUGAUGUCAGUAGGCAUGAGGCCACCGUUAGUGGCAGGACCUCCACCCAACAAGAUGCCCAGGAAGUGAGGCCUUGGCUGGGUUGGUACAAAAACAGAAUGAUGAAAUAUUUUACAGUCACAGAGGAUGAUGCCAUUGUUAUUCUGGACAUGUUGACAAUGAUUGUGACUAGCUCGCUGCGACCACAACAACUGGAGUUUGUGAAAGUUGAAUCAUGUGUUUUAAUGAUAUUUUUUCAAGUAAGACCACUCAAGUGAACAGUUGCUAUGCCUAUUCAGCUAAGGUGUGGGUCAGUCAGGUAUUGUGUCGGGUCAAUGAAUAAGAUAUCAUCUCCUCAUUAUAAAGAAUCUGUAUGUCACUUUAGUUUGGUAUUUGAUGACUGAAGACAUACCGAGAUAGAACUCAUAGCCUAUUUUCCAAAUCUGUCAUAUAAACAAACAAGUUGGGGAUGUUGAAUAUUUUUUAUUGAUGUUCUUUUGUAGUGAAGACUAAGCACAAAAUUUCAUAAUAUCCCCCAAAAUAUUCAUGAUCCCUGAUCUUUUAGGAAAGAGCCUCUGCUUGUGGAUUUGAAUUUUUUGAUAAUCCCAACCAUGAUCCUUGUGUUUUUGUAGUACCUAAAUAUGAGUGACUUGCAUUGGUUUGGGCUUUCCUCCAACAUUAGCCGUCAAGUCAUGAUAUAACUGUUCCUCUGUUGUUAAUCGUCACUUCCAUGGAGGCAUGAGUGUGUUCACACAAACAACUGUACAUUUAUUCAGUAUCACAUUGUUAAAUAUUCCAGUCCAAGAAUCUGAAUUGAGCAUAUUGUUCUGAUGUACAUUAUAUGGUAAGUUAGGAUAAGAAUCUGUUUGUAUGUUUUGUGUAUUUUAGAACUCAUCUUAACAUGUUUUUUUAAAAGCUGGCCACUCUGCCUCAUGAUUGGAUGUUGUGUUUUGGACAAGCAUCCAGGGGACUUUUUAAUGCAGUACAUCCAGGUUUCUUCAUUGUAUGUUGCAUCAUGACAUGUUUCAACUUCACGUCAGAAUUAAAUUUACAUUUAUCAUGA